AAAGAAGUGAGGCCAUAGUUAUUACACUAUCCACCUAUGGCUAAUCUUGCUGCAUUAUGUGUGGCCUUUCUCAUCCUUGUGGUUGGCAAAGUGCAAGGCAGGUUUCUGAGACUCAACUCUUCUGAGUUGUUAGUCUCAGAUGGAGUAGACCAUGUUGAUUAUCAACCUCCAUUUCUUAGCUUGAAUGGCAUGUUCUCAUCCUCAGAGACUUGUGAACACUACUAUGGCUUCCUUCCAUGUGCAGACAACAUUGGUGGCUAUCUUUUCCAGAUAGUGGUGUAUAAUUACUUGUUGGCUAGUGGGGAGAAGUUUUUAACAAUGGGUAGCAAGCAGCUCUUCAACAUCAUUGGCACUGGUUUCUUUGGUGAUGUUUUUGAAAUCCUCAUGGUGUUACCAGAAAUCAUGGUUUCCCUAAUUUCUGGACUUACUGAAGACGAUGCUCAGUCACGAGUUUCAGUUGCAGUUGGCAUGUAUGCCGGGUCCACCGUGUUUUGCCUUACAUUGCAGUGGGGAAUGUGUGUCAUUUUUGGCAGAAAAGGCUUCACCACUGAGAAAUCAAAUUCCCAAGAUUCAGAACCACCCUCAACUUCAAAACCUUCACUAAUCAAAGAAAAAUUAUUCUUCUUAACCGACUCCGGUAUUACAACUGACAAAAAGACUAGUUAUACAGCAGGAUCAGCUUCUUUCUUGAUUCCAUUUAUCAUAGUGCAACUAUCUAAUAUUGUCAACACUUCAUCUGGAAGUCGCCUAGUGCUUUUGAUAGCACUCAUAGUAUCAGUAUUGGGAUUAAUCUCAUACUUCAUGUAUCAGAUUUUUGAUCCAUGGAUUCAAGAAAGAAGUCUAGAAUAUGCAAAAUACGAGAACCUGCUGGCAGGAUUUUUGCAUCAUUUUCAAAGGCACGCUCAAGGAAAGCUCGUUACCAAUGAAGGAUCACCUAAUAUUCCGGUCAUCAAAAGUCUUUUUGCUCGAAUUGAUAAAGAUGGAGACCAGACUGUAUCAGUUUCUGAAUUGGAAGCUCUAAUACUGGAUAUUAAGUCAGGAAAAGCAAAUGUAGAGAAAGAGUAUGCAGUAGCAGAAGUACUAAAGACAUUUGAUGUGAACAAAGAUGGAACCAUAACUGAGGAUGAGUUCAUUGAGGGAUGCAAAAAAUGGAUACAUGAAGCCAAGCAAUUAGCCGAAGAUGGAAGUUCUCACACAAGGAAAUCCUUACGCCAGGUUGUGCAGCCAUGGAUUGAGACAAAACGAGAUGCACUUGCCAAGAUUGAGCGUCUAAUGUCAAGAAUUUUGAAACACGUCCAAAACAAAGCUCUUGAAGCAGAAGGACUUCUCACUGAUGAUGGAAGACCUAACAUAGAUCGCAUGAAAAGUCUCUUUGAUGAAUUUGACUCAAAUAAGAACAAAUUUAUAUCACAAGAGGAGUUGAAAGAAGUAAUCCAACAUAUUAAAUUUGGAAAUGUAAAAUUCGAUCACGAUGUGGUAGUAGCGGAAGUGAUGAAUGAUUUUGACAAAAACGGUGACCUCAUGAUCAGCGAAGAAGAAUUUGUCAAUGGAAUCACAAAAUGGGUUGACAAGGCCACCCGCGUGGCCAAUUCCAAUGACACGAAAAGGUUCAUUGAUGAAUUCGAUCAGAUUGCAUGGAAAGAAGUCGACUCGGUAGUGUAUAACGUAGAAGAGAACAGAAGCAUCAUUCACAAGUUACUAUCAUGGGAUUGCCUAAAGUCUGUGCUCCAAAUCAUAUUAGGUGUCGCGAUUGUGACCUUUCUUGCAGAGCCACUGAUAUACAGUACCUUAGACUUAUCGGUUGCUCUAGGCCUGCCUACUUUCUACAUCUCUUUUGUGAUAAUUCCCAUCGCCUUGAAAUUCAAGUUGGCUGUAUCAGCAAUAUUUCCCGCGAGUCAAAAGAGCUUAAGAACUGCUUCCUUGACAUUUUCAGAGAUUUAUGGUGGAGUGGUCAUGAACAAUAUCACCGGCUUGUCAAUACUUCUAGCAAUCGUUUAUACAAAAGGCUUGACAUGGGAUUAUUCGGUUGAAGUGCUGGCGGUUUUGGUGGUUUGUGGUAUCAUUGGUUUUCUUGCAUUCUUCCGUUCCACCUAUCCACUCUGGACUUGUAUCAUGGCAUUUUUGUUGUAUCCGUUUUCUCUGGUGCUGGUUUAUUUCCUUCACUAUGCUGUCGGUUGGGACUAAACCUUGUUGGGCUCUUCUCCCUAAUCAGGCUUUCAACUUUAAUUUCCUAUUUUUGUUGUUGGUUAGAGAAAAAAUGACAAACAAGCUUUGAAUUUGUAAGCUCUUUUAAAAUAAUAAUAAGAAGAAGAAAGCAAAUUUGAGAA